AUCCUAUUCUAAACAGUGAAAAAUGAAAAACAGAAAACUCGCUGAAUUCUGAUACCCGUGCCCUAGCACCAGCAUCUCCAUUUCCACUCUCCCACUUUCUCUAUUGUACUACUACUAUUACUUCUCAUUCUCUCAAUCAGUGUAAUUCGCUUCUUUAAAUUUCAUUGAAUCUGUUAAUAUAUUGAAUUUUUCGAAUUACAUUUUCAAUUUUUCAGCAAUGAAGACUCAAUUUGUCGAUUUACACUGAAAUUCAGCAUUCGAUAAGUUUCAAUUCGCGCCAUUUGUCGCCAUUGUAGCUAAAAAAGAAGCUUCAAUUAUUCAGUUAACUGGUGCUUCUUGCGUUUGCUAUAUUUUUGGGACUUUGGCAUAGAUCAAUGACUGAAGUAAAGGAGGUGGAUCAAUCAAGUGGUGACAUUUCUGGGUCUGCAAACGAUGAUUCAGUUGCUCUGACAAAGGAGAUGGUCAGUGAGGAACAUAUAGAGGAAAAGGAAGACAUGGAAGAAAAGGAAGAGAGGGAAGAGGAGGAGGAAGAUGAGGAUGAGGAAGAGGAGCAAGAAGAAGAAGAUGACGAAGAGGUGGAGGAAGAGGUAGAGGAGGUGGAGGGGGUUGAAGAAGAAUCAGAAGAGGAAGAAGAAGAGGAUACAGAAGAAUCAGAAGAGGAUACAGAGGAUGAGCAGGAGAACAAACUGGAACCUGGUACAGUUGAUGUGUCUAUUAAUGGUGGAAAGGUGUUGAAUGUGGAGGUUUCUCUUGCUAAUAACCCUGAUAGGAUUGUGGACUCUCCAAUUCAUGGGGUUGAAAACCGCAAAACAGUGCAUGCUGGAGAUAUCACACCCUCUGCGGAUGAUAUUGAUAUUGGUGUACCAGAGGCCUCAGUGAAAAAUAAAAUGGGAGCUAAUCAGAAAUCUCCGUUAGAUGAGGAAAAGGAAUCCAUAACAUUUGACACAGAGGAGGGCCAUGAUGUAGAACACUUUAAGGAACAACUGAAGAAUGAGGCGCACACUGAAGAAGGAUCAAUGAAUGAAGAUGGCAGAAAUACAAGUCAAUAUAGCAUAUUUGACACUGAUACUUCAGGCGGAGGGGAUUCAGGAACAGAAGAUGAACAAGAAGCUUUUGUAAUAGAACUUGAGAAGUUCCAUAAGGAGAGAAGUCUAGAUUUUAAACCGCCAAAAUUCUAUGGAGGAGCACUGAAUUUGCUGAAGCUCUGGAGAGCUGUUGUGAAGCUGGGGGGCUAUGACAAGGUGACAGCAUGUAAAUAUUGGCGCCAAGUGGGAGAGUCAUUUAAACCCCCCAAGACUUGCACUACAGUAUCAUGGACCUUCCGCAUAUUUUAUGAGAAGGCGCUUCUUGAUUAUGAGAGAUAUAGGGCUAUUAGUGAUGGUUCAAGCCUUCCUGAUUCACUUGCAGUGACUGGGGGUGCUGAAAAUCAGGCCUCUGGAUCAGGACGGGCACGCAGGGAGUCUGCAGCUCGAGCUAUGCAAGGUUGGCAUUCUCAGCGUAUUCUUGACAAUGGUGAAGUUAGCGACCCCGUCAUUAAGGAUAAGACUUCCAUCUCCUUGAACAAGAAAGAAAAACAACUGAAAAACCUGGGUAUACUAAAACGAAAAAAACAAUCAUCAACAGAUCUUUCUGUCAAACCUGCACGUACGAAAAUGCCAAAAACUCAAACGGAAACUACAGUUAUUGACAUUGGAUCUCCUGCCGAUUGGGUGAAGAUAAAUGUUCGCGAGACUAAAGAUUGCUACGAGGUUUACGCAUUAGUUCCAGGUCUCCUGCGUGAAGAGGUGCGUGUCCAGUCAGAUCCAGCUGGUCGUUUAGUUAUAUCUGGUGAGCCUGAAAAUCCAGACAAUCCUUGGAGUGUGACACCAUUUAAGAAGGUUGUUAGCCUUCCAUCAAGAAUUGAUCCACAUCAGACAUCAGCGGUGGUGACGUUGCACGGGCAGCUGUUCGUCCGGGUGCCAUUUGAACAGUAUGAUUAGGUUCUAGGAGGUUGCACAUAAUGAUGAAUUUUCAGCCGAGGGCUUUUCUGUGAUGGUGUGCUCGCUGACACUUUUGUUACAUAAGUGAGCCUAGCACGAGCUUGUAGUGUUGUUGAAAUUAGGUCCGUGUUCAUUCUGUAUCUUCUUAAUCGUCUUCUUUUCUGUAGUCUUGUAGAAGACUUGCCAAUUCAAGUCUGAAAUUAGCUCUUCGAUGCAUAGCAUCUACUCACUACUCUUGCCCUUGUAUCAUUUGAUGAGCAAUCGGCUUUUAACCUCCAAGUGCUGCUAAGUGAUGUAUUUUUCUUUUAAGAAUCAUAUUAAUUGCUAAUAGUUAUUAAAACAAAUUUGAGGAAAUUGGGAUAUCAUUUCAAAGGAAUGGAAUGAAGUGAAAUUAAUGGUGGAUUGAAUGAA